AUGGCAGCUACUGAGAUCUCUGUCCUUUCUGAGCAAUUCACCAAAAUCAAAGAACUCGAGUUGAUGCCAGAAAAAGGCCUGAAGGAGGAGGAAAAAGAUGAAGUGUGCAGAGAGAAAGACCAUCAGAGCCCUAGUGAGUUGGAGGCCGCGUGUACCUCUGGGGCCCUCCAGGACAGCGUCCUGGAGGAAGAAGUGGAGCUGGUGCCAGCCACCUCGGAGGAGAGUGAGAGGCACAUCUUGACCCUGCAGACGGUGCAUUUCACUUCUGAAGCUAUGGAGUUGCAGGAUAUGAGCUUGCUGAGCAUACAGCAGCAAGAAGGGGUGCAGGUGGUGGUGCAACAGGCUGGCCCUGGGUUGCUGUGGCUUGAGGAAGGGCCCCGGCAGAGUCUGCAGCAGUAUGUGGCCAUUAGUAUCCAGCAAGAGCUGUACUCCCUGCAAGAGAUGGAGGUGAUGCAGUUCCACGCUCUAGAGGAGAACGUGAUGGUGGCCAGUGAAGACAGUAAGUUAGCGGUGAGCCUGGCUGAAAGUGCUGGACUGAUUAAGGUAAAGCUGGAAGGGCAGGAGAAGAACCAAUUAUUGACUGAAAGAUUGGCUGAAAGAACAAAGGAACAGCUCUUUUUUGUGGAAACAAUGUCAGGAGAUGAAAGAAGUGACGAAAUUGUUCUCACAAUUUCAAAUUUAAGUGGGGAAGAACAAGAAGAUCAACCUACAGCUAGUCAAGCAGAUGUUGAAAAGGCCGAAUCUACAAAAAAUCGAAGAAAGACAAAGGGAGCAAAACGAACCUUCCACUGUGAUGUCUGCAUGUUCACCUCUUCUAGAAUGUCGAGUUUUAAUCGUCAUAUGAAAACUCACACCAAUGAGAAGCCUCACCUGUGUCACCUGUGCCUGAAAACCUUCCGUACAGUCACUCUGCUGCGGAACCAUGUUAACACCCACACAGGAACCAGGCCCUAUAAGUGUAACGACUGCAACAUGGCGUUUGUCACCAGUGGAGAACUCGUCCGACACAGGCGCUAUAAACAUACUCAUGAGAAGCCCUUUAAAUGUUCCAUGUGCAAGUAUGCCAGUGUGGAGGCAAGUAAAUUGAAGCGCCAUGUCCGGUCCCACACUGGGGAGCGCCCCUUCCAGUGUUGCCAGUGCAGCUAUGCCAGCAGAGACACCUACAAGCUGAAACGCCACAUGAGAACACACUCAGGUGAGAAGCCUUACGAAUGCCACAUCUGCCACACCCGCUUCACCCAGAGCGGGACCAUGAAAACACAUAUUCUGCAGAAACACGGCGAAAACGUCCCCAAACACCAGUGUCCCCAUUGUGCCACCAUCAUUGCACGGAAAAGUGACCUACGUGUGCAUAUGCGCAACUUGCAUGCUUACAGCGCUGCAGAGCUGAAAUGCCGCUACUGUUCUGCUGUCUUCCAUGAGCGCUAUGCCCUCAUUCAGCACCAGAAAACUCAUAAAAAUGAGAAGAGGUUCAAGUGCGAACACUGCAGUUAUGCCUGCAAGCAGGAACGUCAUAUGACUGCUCACAUUCGCACCCACACUGGAGAGAAACCGUUCACCUGCCUUUCCUGCAAUAAGUGUUUCCGACAGAAGCAACUUCUAAACGUUCACUUCAGGAAAUACCACGAUGCAAAUUUCAUCCCGACCAUUUACAGAUGCUCCAAGUGUGGCAAAGGCUUUUCCCGCUGGAGUAACAUGCACAGACAUUCAGAGAAGUGUGGCUCAGAGGAAGCAAAGUCGGCUGCUUCAGGAAAAGGAAGAAGAACAAGAAAGAGGAAGCAGACCAUCCGGAGGGAAGCCACGAAGGGUCAGAAGGAAGCUGCGAAGGGAUGGAAGGAAGCCGCAAAUGGAGACGGUGUGAUCUCGGCUCACCGCAACCUCUGCCUCUUGGGUUCAAGUGAUUCUCAUGCCUCAGUCUCCCAAGGAGCUGGGAUUACAGGUGCCUGCCACCACGCCUGGCUAAUUGUUCUGUUAUUUUUAGUAGAGACAGGGUUUCACCAUGUCUCAAACUCGUGACCUCAAGUAAUCUGCCCACCUUGGCCUCCCAAAGUGCUGGGAUUACAGGCAUGAGCCACCGUGCCUGGCCUGAUGGCACCAGUUUUGUGGUCUCAGUGUUUCUUUUCAUAUCUAAGAACUGGGUCUCCUUGUCCCCCUCCACCUACCCCAAAAAAAAGUACUUCA